AUGGCGUCUCAAGCGCAGAAGCGCGUGAAUCUCGUGGUAUCCAGGCUCAUUCCACCUGUGCUACUGGGCGCGACCAUCUACGCUUCCUACGCCAUCACGAAACCAUUAUGCAUUGACUACUUAAUACACCCAUUACCAUCAUAUAACCGAGGCCCGCGAGUCGGCGCUGGCGCUGCGAUUCUCGCGAUUUAUUGGGUCCUCCUAAUUCCGAUGGUCGUCACUUAUCUACAUCUCUAUUACCACGUGCUGUGGAAUCCUGGGUUCUUGCCACUAGGUGCACAGCGAAUACAAGAAGAUGAAAAGGAGAGGGACUCGAAGCGCUCCCAUCCGAAGCACCGUCGCUGGGGAGGCAGCUCGCCCCAAAGCCCGGAACCCGAGAAGACACAGGAACCCGAGGAGGAUGUGGAGAGAGGGGUGGUCGCCAAUGCUGGUAAUGAUGCAUCCCAAGCAGAUUCCUCCGGCCUGGAAAAAUUCUACUCCAAAGAUGUUUUUGUUUGCCAGGAGGAUGGUCGGCCCUCGUGGUGUACAACAUGCUGCACGUUCAAACCAGACAGGUCACACCACUGCCGUGAACUGAGUCGCUGUGUGCGCAAAAUGGAUCAUUUCUGCCCUUGGGUUGGAGGUGUGGUAUCGGAAACAUCCUUCAAAUUCUUUAUUCAAUUUGUCUUUUACACUUGUCUGUACUGUUCCUUUGCUCUCAUUGUGUCUGCCUAUUUUACGGCAGAGAUACGACGCCAGACUGGAGGAGCAAACCCUUAUUGGUGUGUUUGCAUCGGACUGGCCGCCCUAUUCGGCUUCUUUACAGCAGGAAUGACCCUCAGCUCCAUUCAAAUGAGCAUGUUCAAUAUUACAACUAUCGAAAACUUGAAUCGCCGCUCAGUCGUCUGGACCCUAGCCGUCCGAGUCCCAGAACACCUAACCAACAGACUCUGGACAACAGACUCCCCUUGGGCCCCAACUUUUCGCAUGGUUUCCUACCCCCCAGCAACCCCCUCAACUCCAGAUAGACCGCAGACAGACACAUCAACUGGCGAAAAGCACGUCUUUGCAAUUCUGCACACCCUACCAGGUGAAAACCCCUUCGACCUCGGCAGCCCAUUCAAAAAUCUUCAACAGGUCAUGGGAUACAGCAUCGUCGAUUGGCUCCUCCCCAUCAAGCAAAGCCCCUGUGCUGACCACAGCAGUAUGGAGAGCGAUUUUGCCCUGGGGCCCGUCGUCACCCGCUUGAAGCAGGAGGCUGGUCUUGUUCCAUAUGAGCAUGGGAACGGUGCCGCUACACAUUCGACUUCGUAG